AUUGACAUUGGACCAUCGCUAGCUGACAAACGGCGUGGGGUCGUCUGACAUUUGCGCUGGCGCCUCCAACGACUUGUCAAGUCUUGACGACAGUAUUUGACCCUUCUUAUUACGACAUUUAACCAUGCAGAGUACUGAGGAGGGGGCUUUUGACCCAGGCUACUGACGCCUCGUCGCACUUCUUUCCUCGUUCUCUAGUCCGUUUGUAUGGCGAGCAAGCUGAAGCCACAGAGUGGCCAGCCGCAUCACAGCACGAGUUCGCCCUUGCCUAAGCUCAGCAAGGGCCCCGGCGCCCCAAGCCGUCGCAUCCAGGCGCGCGGCGCUGCCAGCGACGACUCCAGCGGCGAUGAGCUCGCGCGGCGCCUGCGCAGCGUCGGCGGCGGCGGCGGCGUCGGCGCCGCCAGCACCCGCGCCCGCGCCUCCCGCGCCACACACCCUCAGGCCGAAGGCGACGCCUGCAGCAGCGACGCGGGCGAUGAAGCCAGCACCAGCACCAGCAGCGAUGAAGCCAACGGCGGCCCCGGUGGCGGCAAGGGCGGCGGCGGCGCCGGCGGCUUCUACGACGUAGACGCCGCCAUCAAGCGCGCUCGGCGGCGCGCCAGCCGGCGGAUGCUGGAAGCCCAGAGCAUCCGCGUGCGGCGUGCGGCGGGGCUGCCGGCACUCCUAGCCAAGCUGGGUCCUGGCGGCGACCUGGAUGAUGACGAUGACGAGCUGACGCCGGCGCAGAUGCGGGAGCUGGUGCAGGCGGAGCGGGCGCGGGAGCAGGUGAAGGAGGCGCUGCUGACGCGGCGGCUGCUGGACCCACAGCUGGUGGCGCCGCCGGGGCUGCCGUCCGGCGUGGCGGGCUCCGGGACAGGGGGCGGGGGCGGGGGAAGCGGGUGGCGUGGCAGUACGACCAGCGUGCGCGGCUCGCUUCAGGAGCUGUCCACCUCUUGCACCUCGCCGGGAGGGACCGGCACCGGCUACCACACCGGCACCGGCACCGGUGGUGGCACCGGCACCGCGCGGCACUCGCAGCUGCAGCAGCUCAAGUGCGGCGGCGGCAACGGCAACGGCGGCGGCGGUGAUGCCAAUGGCGGCGGCGGCGGCUUCGCCUCCGCGCCGGCCAGCCCUAUGGCGGCGGCGGCGGCGCGGCGGCGGCAGCAGAUGCUGGACGCAUCCAGUCCCAAGGGCGGCGGCCUCGCCAACAUGGCGGCCAGCUUCUCGGCGGCGGGGUGCCGGCACACUGCCACGGAUACCCCGGGCGGAGGUGCUGGAGGAGUGUGACGGGCGGCGGGUGGUGGACCUGGAGGUGCUGGUCAAGCACGAGCGCAGGAGGCUGGCCAAGGUGCAGAGCAAGGUGCGGGCAGAGGGGGAG